UCCUUUUUCCCAGCUCAGCCUUCGUGAAGUUUGGAAUCUGAAAUCCUCCCGCCAAAAAGAGAGGGAAAAUGAAGGACUAUCAUACUCCGUUAAAGGAAGAUCUCUCCAAUCGAAAAUCCAAGGAAGCUCGAUUGAAGAAGCCUCAAAAGAUCACAAAGAAAAGCUUGAAUGGCGUGUUUGCCUCCGUUUCUGAAGAUGUUUUGCUCGAAAACGUAAACGAAUCCAGUGAUUUCUCUGCGAUUUCAGAGAUCUCAGACGCUAGUUCUACUAGCCAAAUGACACAAAGUUCUGUGCCGGCAUUUAAUCCAAUUCUUUCAGCUUCAUUAGAAGCAUUGCCUCUCUCUGAUCUAACUCCUACUUCAAAGAUUUUCACCUCCUCUGAUGAGCCAGGCGAUGUGUCUAUGGAGCUUUACCGAUUCCACAAACCAAAAGAUUCUGUGGAGGAGGAUAUUGUGGCCAAUCUCCUCAAACAAGCUCGAAUGCGGGGCUUGAACUCGGCCAAUGCGGAUCAGCAGUCGAAGAGGCUUCUAGAUGCAUUAGUUAAGGUUGUGGUUGAUGAGUGCUAUACUUUGCAUGAACAAACAGAUUGGUACUUUGAACUCGUUUCGACCAGAGGUUAUGUCGUGUUUCUUUGUUUCUUGCUUUGGAGCUUUGUAGUGUCUGUGGUAUUCUUCUUUGGUUUGGGAGUAGACUCUUACAGUGGACCUUCGCCAACUUGAAGCAGUGCAAGGAAGAGCUUGCUGAAGUUGGUGGCGAGUCCAUCGCUUAUUGCCCCUGACUGAUCUGAUGAUUCCAGCUCUCAGUAAUUUUCAUGAUUGAUAUUGUUUAUUAUCCGGAAACAACUUUGUGUUCCCAGAUACCAAAAAAUAGGAGCAUUUUUUAUAUCCAUAAAUGAACGAAGCUCCACUCUCUAGUUUUUUUGAUCCAUUAGUAUGGAUCAACAAAGAAUUUAUGAUUUAUUGAGGAUAUAAGAUUAGUCUAUAAUUAUGUCGUUAUAUUUUUGUUAAUGUUCAAAAUAUAAAUUAAUCACACCAAGGGAAUUUUUUUUCCCUCU